CGCCCCAUCUUCCAUACGGCAAAUACCGUGAAACUACCUUGUUACAGUUUCUCCUUAUCAGAUCUGAGCACUGAGUUCAAGAGUCAGCUUGUACGUUACUUUUCAUCAUAUCGACAUAUUUGACAGCGGUACGCCCACCUAUCAUCGCCCUACACGCAAACGCGUUCGUCGUAUCGGGUGCGAAAACGCUAUCUGGCCGUUAAAAUCAUUGUGUCGGGUCCAAAGUACCAUACAAAUCACAGGCGUAACUUGCACCUUGCCAGCAUUCUUUUUGCAUAUUCCUGCAAGCGAGUCCGUCCAAAUUAGCUCCAAAUCCCUUCACCCCCUUCCGCAGCGGCCAGAAUGACUUCCCAAUUCUCCUUCUCUUCCGCACCUCAUCUCGUAUGGCAUGCAUACAUCGAACAUCUAUGGAACCCGCAGCCUGGGUCUUGGGUCAGCCAGGUCGCAUAUUCAUUUCGCAUAUUAGCGUUCCUGCUUAUUCUGCCAGUCGUCGUUCUGACACUGCUGGAUAUCACCUCCUAUGUGAUCGCGCGCACUCUUGGUAUUGUUGAUGAUGUCAAAGCGUCGACAAGCGACCAGCCUGUUGUGACUGCUGAGGGCACGCCCUCCAUCCUCGUUGAAGAUACGUCAUCAUGCCCCGCGGAGCAAGACAGCUGCAUAUCUUCGGUUCAUCGGCAAUAUAAAACCGACAUGAAGAGUGCGGGAGUACAGGAAGAAAUGAAGCUCCAGGCUUAUUUCACGGGAGAGGAGGAUCUACAGUUGUCUAGUAUUGGCGUUUUGUCCCCUUCCCCGUCUCAGCCAUCGUCACCAGUUCUACCCCACGAGAACCUGUCUGGAGAAGAUGGAUCGAUGAGAAUGGAAGAAAUACGUGAUGUACAGGAUGAGCCCAUGAUCCUGCGACGACGGGGCGCCCAAACAAAAAAUGAUGAUUAAAUCAGCCUUUUUGAAAUCGCCGCUAGAACUACAUAUUUUUCUGCACCCUGUACGAUAACAUGAUACCGAUCAACGUCCCUUUUUACUCUACAGCUACA